AAUGACAACACAUGCCAUCUGUGGUUGUAUAGGAUAGUUUCUAAAAUAAUUACUAUUGAACUAAAUUACCUGUAUGAUAACAAUGCUCGCAUCCAAGCCUUGAUAGUGUUUAUUUAAAGAUAUCACCUUGUAUCCUAAAACAUACACAGAAGUCACGUCUUAUAUGUUUGUUAGUGGAUCAAAUUUUCAGUGAUAAAAUAGUAGUCCAGCCUAAAUCAUGUCUGACAGUGGAGACAGUGAUGUUUACUGGGUACCCUAUAAGGAAAGACCGGAGUGGAGCGAUAUAACUCCCGUUCCCGAAGAUGAUGGGAUUACACCAGUAGUGGUCAUUGCACAUUCCGAAAAGUUCAAAGACGUAUACGAUUACUUUAGGGCAGUACUGCAGAAGAAUGAAAAAUCAGAGCGAGCUUUACAUCUCACAAAGGAGGCUGUGGAACUAAAUCCAGCAAAUUAUACCGUGUGGCAAUAUAGGAGAGAUCUGCUCAAAGAAUUAGCGACAGAUCUGAGAUCGGAGUUGUAUUAUGUUGAAUGUGUCAUAAAACAGUCGCCAAAGAAUUACCAGGUGUGGCAUCACAGACGUGUGUUGGUCGAAUGGCUUCAAGAUCCGUCCCAAGAAUUGGAUUUGACGGGAGACACUCUCAUAUCAGACCCUAAGAAUUAUCAUGCAUGGCAACACCGACAAUGGGCGAUCAAAACUUUUGGACUAUUUGAUAAAGAGCUGGAGUUUGUGGACAAUCUUAUAUCUGAAGAUGUCCGCAACAACUCGGCUUGGAACCAACGCUACUUUGUUAUGAACAAUCAUUUAGGCUGGUCUGAUCUUAAUGUGCAGAAAGAGAUAUGUUAUGCCUUGGAAAAAAUCAGAUUCAUCAAAAACAAUGAGAGCGCCUGGAAUUAUUUGAGAGGCGUCUUAUUACAUGAUAAAAGAGGUCUGAGUGGUAAUGCCGUGGUGCUGUCAUUUUGUGAGGAUUUAUUUAAGAAUAGAUGCCAUUCACCGUAUUUACUGGCAUUCAUUAUUGAUAUCUGUGAUGAAGUCAUAAAGAAAGGAGAGACAAGUAUUACAUAUGGACCGGAACGGGCUCUAGAGCUUUGUAAUGCAUUGGCUGAUAAAUAUGAUAAAAUCAGAACAAAGUAUUGGAAUUAUAUGGCAAAUAAAUUCAAAGCACUCAUAGAUUUGAAAGCUACUUACUAACUAUUUGCUUCCACGUAAUAGAUUAAAAUAGCAACUGUAUCAAAUUGAAUUUAUGUAACAAAACUGAGAAGAAUAUUUUACAAUGUUUUAUUAAAGUUGUCAAUGCUAAA